AUGAAUGAUUAUAAUAUUAUUGCAGACAAAUUAUCUAUUAUUAUUACAAAAUUUGCACAUGCCUCAAUUGAAUCGUUAGAGAAAAGAUUUUCAGAUCGAAUUCAAGUUGACGCAUUUCAUAUUUUUGAUCCAAUAGCUUUACCUGUUAAGAAUUCUGAAUUUCAAAAGUAUGAUGAAGAUGAAAUUAAAAUUUUGGGCAAUUUUUAUAGUCAAAACAAACAUAAAUUAGAAAAUUUAUUUCCUGCAAUUUUAGAUUCUGAAAAUUUAAAUCACGAAUGGCCGUCAGUUAGAUUUCUUCUAACUAAUUAUAAAAAUUUUAAUUUUUUGGAAGCAUGGAAACAUAUUUUUUCUGAUCUUCCUACUUUUAAUGAAAUUUACCCUGAAACUGCAAAGUUAAUUUCUAUUUUAGUCAAUCUUCCUUUAACUAAUGCAGUUGUUAAACAUAUUUUUUCUCGACAAAACUUAAUUAAGACAAAACUUCGAAAUCGUAUGAGUAUUUAUACUUUGAAUUAUCUUCUUCUUAUUUCUUUUAAUGAACCUAAAUUAGAAGAUUUUAAUUUCCAAUUAGCAUAUCAAGAAUGGUGUAAACUUGAUCGUAGAAUUAAAUAA